AUGGAAGCUCUUACUAUUGAGCCAUAUCAAGCUCCACAUGAUUUUCCAAGGAUGAUAAGCCCUUCUGAAACUUUAACAAGCAGGAUGUCAAGCUCAAAAUUUAAUAAAAUAAAUACAGCUACAAAUACUGUGCAUGAUAGGCUUUACAAAGAUUCAAUGAUAAGGCAGCAAGCAAAAAUGGCCCAAAAUAACAAAAAGUCUGCAUCACAAACUAAAAUAAAGCCAAGAAAAGGGAUCGAAGAUAUUUUGCUGCUUAAAGGAAAAGCUCUCGAAGCAAAAAAAGAAAGAAUUAAAGAAAAAUGGGAAUGGAUAAGGAAACAAAAUUUUAGAGAUGCGCCUGAAAUUAAUGAUUUAUCCAAAAAAUUAGCAUAUGUUGCUUAUGCGAAAAAAGGUUAUUGAGAAUCAUCAAGGUGCUCUUCUAGAAAUUCAUCAAAAGAAACCUCUAAAAUCAACAGUCAAAUAGAAAAAGAUCCUAGUGAUAUAAAAAAUUCAUCUAAAGGUCCUGGGCUUAGUAUCAAAAUUCCUGAUCAUCCAAAUUUCAUAAAUUCUAUAGAAAAUUCUACAGCAAGAUACACACAAAAAAACUUUGAAACUUCUAAUAAUGGCGGUUUAACUGAAAGGAAUAGACCUAAAAGUGCUAAAAACAGCCAAAUAGCUAAGAAGCAAUCUGCUUCUUUAUUUAAAAAAUCAUCUGAAGAAACUGAUAUUAAGCCAAAGUAUACACAAAAAAUCACCCAUGAGCAAUGUUUAAUCCCUCAAGAAUUAACUUUGAUGAACACAGAGAAUAAAGAAAAAAACACUUGCAAUAAAGCUGAAUCCUCAAACAAAGAUUAUACUGGACAGAUGGUUCAUAAAAACUCACUCUUAAAUAAGAAUAAAGCUUCAUUAGAUCAACCAAGAAAGCAAGAAUCUCAAAGGCUGAAGAUUAUUCCAUCUAAAAGUGAAAAAAGUCUAGAGAGAAAAGAAGCAGCUGUAAGAAUCGCUGUAGAUUCUUCUGUUCCAUUAGAAACCGCUCUGCUUUAUAAAGAAAUAAUAAAGCGUAGAUGUGAAGACGAUUGUGGUUUUAAAGGAUUUCAUAAGUAA